CUGUAACAAAAGUCAUCUGACUGUCUGGAGCCAAAAUGGGGAGUUCUACAGCGAGCCUGUUCCUUCUACUGGGCUGCUUCAUCCCUGUGUUCUGUAUCACACGGGAAUAUUUUAUUGGGAUUCGGGAGAUUCAGUGGGAUUACGCUCCCACUGGGAAAAAUGUCAUCCUCAACAAACUGCUGAAGGAAGAUGAACACGCUGCUACGUUCCUGGAGCGCGGGCCCCAGAGAAUCGGCAGUGUGUACAAGAAAGCAGUUUACCUGCAGUACACGGACGCCACCUAUACAAAGGAGAUAACCAAGCCCAAGUGGCUGGGCUUCCUGGGCCCUGUGAUGUCGGCUGAGGAAGGGGACGUGAUCAAGGUCCACCUGAAGAACAUGGCCACUAGGGCGUACUCCAUCCACUCCCAUGGAAUCAUGUACAACAAGACCAGUGAGGGUGCUUUGUACCCGGACGAGACGACGGAUGCAGAGAAACAUGACGACCGGGUGGAUCCUGGGAAGAGCUACACUUACGUGUGGGUCCUGAGCGACACCCACGCCCCCACCAAGGAUGACACCAACUGCCUGGCACGCGCCUAUCACUCCCACCUCCACGCACCUCAAGACAUCGCCUCAGGACUUGUUGGACCCCUCAUCAUCUGUAAAAAAGGUACCCUGGAUGUCUAUGGUGACAAGGCAGCAGACUACUCGUACGUCCUGAUGUUCACUGUGUCGGACGAGAACAUGAGCUGGUACCUGGACGACAACAUCAAGACCUACUGCACUCAGCAAUCAACAGCAGCCAAUAGCCCACAACAGCCAUCACCAGCAGUCAAUAGCCCACAACAGCCAUCACCAGCAGUCAAUAGCCCACAACAGCCAUCACCAGCAGUCAAUAGCCCACAACAGCCAUCACCAGCAGUCAAUAGCCCACAACAGCCAUCAACAGCAGCCAAUAGCCCACAACAACCAUCACCAGCAGCCAAUAGCCCACAACAGCCAUCACCAGCAGCCAAUAGCCCACAACAGCCAUCACCAGCAGCCAAUAGCCCACAACAACCCACAACUAAAGUAGACAAAGAUGAUGAAGCCUUCCAGGAGAGCAACCUGAUGCACUCGAUCAAUGGCUUUGUGUACGGCAACCUGCCUGACCUGAGCAUGUGUGUCGGAAACAAGAUCCACUGGCACCUGAUCGGCAUGGGCAAUGAGGUGGACAUCCAUUCAGUGUUCUUUCAUGGCCAGAUCCUGACCAACCUUGGUCACCACACUGACGCGGUCAGCUUGUUCCCAGCCACAUUCACCAAUGUGGAGAUGACUGCUGACAACCCUGGUCACUGGCUGCUGAGCUGCCAGGUCAACGACCACCUAAUGGCGGGCAUGCAGGCCCUCUUCGAGGUCAAGAAGUGUUUUCCUGCCGUCCACAAGCCGCGGCCCAAUGGGGAGGUGAGGGAGUACUUCAUCGCUGCCGAGGAGGUGCUGUGGGACUAUGCCCCUUCACAGGUCAACCACGGCACAGGGAAACCUCUGAACACAGACGGUGAUUCAGAGACAUUUUUCCAGAGAGGUAACGAUCGUAUUGGCGGGAAAUAUAAGAAGGUCCAGUACAAGGAGUACACAGACAACACCUUCACCGUGCAAAAGGAGAGAACACCUGAGGAGUUGCACCUAGGGAUUCUGGGUCCUGUGAUCAGGGCCGAGGAGGAAGACACCAUCAAGGUGGUGUUUAAGAACAAGGCCAGCCGUCCGUUCUCCAUGCAGCCACAUGGAGUGCAGUACAACGUCGAGCAGUCAGGGACUCUCUACUAUAACGAACUGGAAGAAUCCUACACUGCCAAAAAACUCCGAGAAAUCAAGAAGGAGACGAGAACUGUAACCCCUCCCCCGGCAGCGCUGGUCAAACCAGGCACCACCCACACCUAUGAGUGGGUGGUCCCUAAGGGUGGCGGGCCGGUGGCAGACGAUGCAGACUGCAUUACAUAUUUCUACUACUCAGCCGUGGACCCUGUCAAAGACACCAGCUCCGGCCUUGUUGGACCCCUCCUGGUCUGCAAAAAAAAGACCCUCAAAAAAGGGAAACAGAAAAACGUCAACAAGGAGUUCCACAUGCUAGCUACAGUGUUUGAUGAGAACCUGAGCUGGUUCCUGGAUGACAACAUUAACCAGUUUACCAAGGCUCCCAAAACUGUCAACAAGGAGGACGAGGACUUCCAGGAAUCUAACAAAAUGCACUCGAUCAAUGGCUACAUGUAUGGGAACCUUCCAGGGCUGACCAUGUGUAAGGGGGACAAGGUGUCUUGGCACCUGUCUGGCCUGGGCUCGGAGGCUGAUAUCCACGGCCUAUACUUUGAAGGGAACAGGUUAAUCUACAGAGAGACACGCAGAGACGUCAUGAACGUGUUCCCUCACAUCUCCCACACUGUCAUGAUGGAGCCAGACAGCAUGGGUCAGUUUGAGGUGGUGUGCCAGACGACGGACCAUUACCAGGGAGGUAUGAGGGCCAACUACACUGUGCAGAAGUGUAGUAUGUUCAACAGGCAGUCAGAGAUCAUGCUCCACUCGAAGACCUACUACAUUGCUGCCAUGGAGAUAGACUGGGACUACUCCCCAAACCGGACCUGGGAACAGGAGAUGUACCAUGGCCUCACACAGAGUCCAGGAAAUGAUUUCAUUGAUAAACAGGGUAAGUUCAUCGGCUCCAUAUACAAGAAGGUUGUGUACAGGGAGUUCACCAACAAUAAAUUCACCAAACAGAAGGAGAGAUCAGCAGACAUGCAACACCUGGGGAUCCUGGGCCCUAUGAUCCAUGCAGACAUUGGUGACAAAGUCAAUAUAGUCUUCAAGAACAUGGCCACAAGAACUUACUCUAUUCACGCACACGGGGUGAAGACAGAUGUACCACAAGUCAAAGAAACUAAGCCAGGUGAGACCCAGACAUACACAUGGUAUGUCCCCAAGACAGCUGGGCCUACAGACAAACAGGAGACAUGCAGUGUGGGAGCUUAUUACUCCACAGUCGACGUCAACAAGGACCUGUACAGCGGUCUAAUUGGUCCCUUAGUAAUAUGUAGGCGGAGCUAUGCGAGAUCAUUUGGACUGAAGAAGGAAGUGGAAGAGUUUGCUCUCCUUUUCAUGGUGUUUGAUGAGAACGAGUCCUGGUACCUGGACGACAACAUCAAAACAAACAUCAAGACCCCCACCAGGAACAUCAAAGAGGAUGAGGACUUCAUCGAGAGCAAUAAAAUGCAUGGCAUCAACGGGCAGCUGUAUGGAAACCUGCUGGGACUGAACAUGGAAGUGGGGGACAAGGUGUACUGGUACCUGAUGGGGAUGGGCAACGAGAUAGACAUCCACACUGCCCACUUCCACGGGCACAGCUUUGACUAUAAGCUGAGUGGAGGGUCCCACCGUGCAGAUGUGUUUGGCCUGUUCCCAGGCACCUUCCAGACGGUGAAGAUGAAACCGAAGUACCCUGGCUCCUGGCUGCUGCACUGCCACGUGGCAGACCACAUCAAGGCCGGCAUGGUAACAGUCUACAAAGUCACUGAGAAGGAAAAGAAGGGCUUUUUUGGAUGAACGCGGAGCAUUAACACAAACAAGCGGAUAAAAGCUACGUACAUCUCUUCAGUAAUUACACAUUGACCUCGUAUUCCACAUAAGGAGCACAGUGACCACUGACAAUGCAUGAACUAACUAAACGGCUUUAAUACAGGGUUUAAGCCUACCUGGUUAAAAAAAGGUGAAAUAAAAAAGCAAUGAGCCAAUGUCUAAUGUCAAUGCUCUAAAAUACAUUUUGAAUAAAGAAAAUAUAAAAUCCUU